AUGGCAGAAGCCGGUGGUGCGGACGUGUUCGAGCUGAGAAAUGGGAGCCUCACGGUGAAGGUCAGCAACUGGGGCGCCACCAUCACCUCCCUUCUCGUGCCGGAUGCCCACGGUGAUCGAAAAGCUCUCUCCCUUCAUACGAUGGCUUGAUUCCGCGAGAUUAUUUAUCGGCUCCCCUCCCCUUCUAUGUAAGCAUCCUCACGGGGCGGUCCUAUUUCAGGGAAAGUCGCAGAUGUCGUCCUCGGAUUCGAAACCAUUGAGCCGUAUAUCGUGAGAAACUCUCCCUCCCUCGAUCCCUAUUAGCUCUACGCGCUGAGAUCGAACCCAUUUCACUGCAUUGCUCGUCUUCUUCCUCUAACCACGCGAGGAACAAGAUGACGCACUAACCCCGUCGAAUGUGUUGGCCGGGCGCUCUCUCUCUCUCUCUCUCUCUCUCUCUCUCUCUCUCUCUCUCUGAUCAGGAAGGCGCGGCCCCGUACUUCGGCUGUAUCGUCGGCCGUGUUGCGAACAGGAUCAAAGAUGGGAAAUUCACCCUCGAUGGAGUGGACUACUCGCUUCCCAUCAACAAUCCCCCCAACUCUCUCCAUGGUAAGAGCAAGACAGCUACUUGUUUUUAUAUAUAUAUAAAUGAUGAUUUACGGGGAGCGCGUCACACGAUCAAAUUCACUCGAGGAAUGAGGAGGGAAUGUGCCGGGGAUCGCCUCGUAGGAGCUAUCCGCGUUGGAUCGCCCACCCAGAAACCCUAAAGAUCCUGGUCCUUAAUCCCAGCGCAUCCGCGUGUGGCUGUGUAUACACCGUGUGGAGAGAGAGUUGCCUCGAAUGCUCUGCUCUGUCCCCAUGGUCUUCUGGUUGCAGAGAGACCAUUUCUCCUCUUGAUCAUAUGGCGGGCAAGCCUCGUUCCCCAUCCCUUCCUCUGGCCGUGCUCAAGCUGCCCUCAACGCCUCAGGCCACCCCCGCACGCCGACCAAGUGAUCCAUCUGUCCACAGUCAGAUCAGAUCUGAUCAGAUAGGACGUUUUUAUCGUCAUCAUGUGCAGGCGGGCGUCGUGGGUUCGACAAAGUCCUCUGGGAGGUCCUGGAACGCGCUGAUGCUGAGAUCCCGUCCAUCACCUUCAGGUACUUCAGCCGAGAUGGGGAGGAAGGUACACUACACGACGUCCCUCUUGCAUCUAUCAAUCUAUCUUAUCUUAUAUCUGCCUUCUGUUAAUUAGCGGGCUUGCUGAGAAUGAGAAUGGCACUGCCUCCCUUCCUUCCUCACGGUAAAAAAUAACAGGGUACCCCGGGGACGUCGUGGUGACGGCCAAGUACAGCCUACCUUCGAGCACGGCGCUGAGGCUGGACAUGGUGGCCGUGCCGACCAAGGCCACGCCGAUCAGCUUGGCUCAGCACACCUACUGGAACUUGGCCGGGCACGACGCCGGCGACGUGCUCGACCACAGCGUCAGGAUAUGGGCGUCCAAUAUGACCCCCCUCGGUGACCACUCCAUCCCGACGGGGGUGAUCGCCCCCGUCCGGGGCACGCCGUUCGACUUCACUGCCGAGGAGAAGAAGAUCGGGAGCAGGAUCGACCUGGUCCCCGGCGGGUACGACCACAACUUCGUGCUCGGGGAGGGCGAAGAGAAGGAGGGCCUGAGGCGGGCGGCGCGCGUGAGGGAGCCGAGGAGCAAGAGGGUGCUCGAGCUGUGGACCGACGCGCCGGGGAUGCAGUUCUAUACCGGGAACUUCCUCGGGGGCGUGGUCGGCAAGGGCGGCGCCGUGUACGGGAAGCACGCCGGGCUGUGCUUGGAGACGCAGGGCUUCCCCAACGCCGUCAAUCAGCCCAACUUCCCCACAGUCGUCGUCCACCCCGGCGACGAGUACCGCCAUUCCAUGCUGUUCGAGUUCUCCACGCAGAGCAACGCUUCUUAG